GUGUUUGCUGUGCUUGAUCGCAAGCUGCUGGAAAGUUGUGACUUUCACUUUCCCUUUUGAAUUCCUGGUUAUAUCUUGGGGGCUGGAGGACCUGUCUGGUUGUUAUAGAGAUGCGUAGCUGGAGGUGAGAUCCACACAGCUCAGAACAGCUGGAUCUUGCUCAGUCUCUGUCAGGGGAAGAUUACUUGGAGGAGGCCCCGCAGCGACAUGGAGGGAGCUGCUUUGCUGAGAGUCUUUGUCCUCUGCAUCUGGAUGCAGCAAAACCAUCCAGGCUGGACAGUGGCUGGACAGUUCCAAGAAAAGAAACUCUUCACUGAAGAAGUCAUCAAAUACUUCCAGAAGAAAGUUAGCCCAGUGCAUCUGAAAAUCCUGCUGACUAGCAAUGAAGCCUGGAAGACAUUCGUGCGUGUGGCUGAAUUGCCCAGAGAUGAGGCAGAUGCUCUCUAUGAAGCUCUGAAGAAUCUUACACCAUAUGUGGCUAUCGAGGACAAAGACAUGCAGCAAAAAGACCAGCAGUUUAGGGAGUGGUUUUUGAAACAGUUUCCUCAAAUCAGAUGGAAGAUUCAGGAGUCCAUAGAAAGGCUUCGUGUCAUUGCAAAUGAGAUUGAAGAGGUCCACAGAGGCUGCGUCAUCGCCAAAGUGGUGUCUGGCUCCACUGGCAUCCUGUCUGUCAUUGGCGUUGUGUUGGCACCAUUUACAGCAGGGCUGAGCCUGAGCAUUACAGCAGCUGGGGUAGGGCUGGGAAUAGCAUCUGCUACAGCUGGGAUCGCCUCCGGCAUUGUGGAGAACACAUACACAAGGUCAGCAGAACUCAAAGCCAGCAGGCUGACUGCAACCAGCACUGACCAAUUGGAGGCACUAAGGGACAUUAUGCGUGACAUCACACCCAGUGUGCUUUCUUUUGCACUUGAUUUUGACGAAGCCACAAAAAUGAUUGCGAAUGAUGUCCGUACACUCAGGACUAAAGCCACUGUUGGACGCCCUUUGAUUGCUUCGUGAUACGUACCUAUAAAUAUUGUUGAGACACUGAGAACACCCGGAGCCCCCACCCGGAUAGUGAGAAAAGUAGCCCAGAACCUGGGCAAGGCCACUUCAGGUAUCCUCGUUGUGCUGGAUGUAGUCAACCUUGUGCAAGACUCACUGGACUUGCACAAGGGGGCAAAAUCCAAGUCUGCUGAGUCGCUGAGGCAGUGGGCUCAGGAGCUGGAGGAGAAUCUAAAUGAGCUCACCCAUAUCCAUCAGAGUCUAAAAGCACGCUAGGCCCAAUUGUUGCGGGAAGUCAGGGACCCCAAACAGAGGGACCGGCUGAAGCCAUGGCAGAAGAACGUGGAUUGUAAAGGAUUCAUGGACAUUUAUUAGUUCCCCAAAUUAAUACUUUUAUAGUUUCCUAUGCCUGU